AUGCUCACCCACGAACCGACUACAUGGACCGAUGCGUUGUUUGUGCUCGGCACUAAGAACAACUUGCUGCAAGACGGAUACAACCCGAAGCUACAUGUGUCAGCGGUGUCACUUGGCUCGUCAGUAGUAAUUACGCGCCACCAAUACAUCGAUACCGCUCGAGAAUCAGAGCAAGGCGUGGUGGACCAACCCAUUGAAUCGUUGACUUUGUAUGAUGACGAACCAAAUAGUAGUAAGGCGCGCUAUCGGUUAGUAGCUUGGUCUCAGGGAACGAUCAUAAAGAGCCUGCUUGCGAUUUCCAUGACCACUCGACUGGAUAUUUGGGAAGUCGCUGUAUCAAGUGGAAUCUGUGCGAAUUUGAAGAGCUCACUGGACAUCAAUCAUUUGCAAGGAAUAUCGUGGAAUCCCUGCUACGAAGUUUUGCUCGCCUACUCUACGACCGGUAUAUCAGUGGUCGAUGCUUCUGGACCACUCUUAUCGUCGCGUCAGGUUUAUGCAGAUACUGAAACACAUCAAUCAUGGAGCGCGAGUUCGUGGAGUCCUUGCGGGUUGCACGUGUCGCUAGCGCGAAACCGCACCCUCCAUUGUUUCGGCUGGAAAGACGUCGAUUGCUUACUCUGUGAACAGCCGGCUCAUGGCCAAUUUGAUGUGGGCACGUUGGAAAGCAUCGACGGGUUUCAAAUUGAAGUUGGGAAAGCCUGCGCCGGUCAAAUCGCAGCUAUAGCACGCGUCUCUCCAACCGUUUGCAUCUUCACGACGGACGCAAAAUUGAUUCUAGAAGAUGCUACGCAACAUGCAUCAAGCCUGUUGCUGUUCCCCGAUAGCACCCAUCGUGUAGAAAUUCGAGAAACGACGGAUACUUCCGUCAGCGAUAUCAUCGAUUUGACGUCCAAACGCAUCAUGUCAGGCUUCACAAGUACCACGAAUUCUCUGCAAAUUCUCAACCACGCUGAGGGUAAAGCGCCUUACCAAACAUCAGCAUCGCAUGCGAUACCACGCUCUCAAAUGUGGACUCUUGGAUGCACAUCGGGGAGAUGGUUUGUUAUGUCGAUCCUUGAUCUACCCAAUUUGACAUCUCCCGACGUCUUUGCUGUUCAGGAGAGGGUAGCCAUCGUUGGAAGCACUAUGUCUUCGCGUUUGCUUUUUGCGCACCUCAAUAAUUCCGAUCCUUUAGAGUGGACGCCGUCGCUGUACGGGGAACUCGAUCUGCCAACUGCUCAUGUGUGCAGAGGAAUCCGCUUUACCGAGAAUUCCUUGUAUGUGGACGUCGCUUCGACGGAGAAACGCAAACGCACCUCAUUUUUCCAAGCUGCUGCGAGCCUGGAACCGCAGCCUGUCUAUCUGUCGAAGUUCAGAGUGCCACAGUAUAUCCUAUCCAAAGCUGCCCUCGGACCGACUAGCAAAUUGCCAAAUGUGACUGCAUUUGCUGGUAAUGACACUCCGAGUAGCUUUAGUGAUGACAACUGCGAUGCCAGUACGCACACGGACCUGCUGGAGCUGAUCGUGGUGAAAAUGACGGCUAUGCAAGCGCAACUGAAUUCCCGUUUCGACCACGUCGACAAAAAGCUGCUGCAAUUAACAGCUCGUGUUGAGCAGCUGGAGAAAAACGGCGGAGAAAGCGUGAAGUAA